CAUAUUUUCAAUCGCCGAUCUCAUUCCUCAUUCCACAAACGGUUUAUCUCGAUCGUCUUCAUCAUCGUUUGACUUGCUUUGUUUGUUCACUGCUGCUCCGUUAACCGGUCGAUUUUUCUCGAUCGUCUUCAUCCCUACCAGGUAACAUUCUUCUCUCUUCAUUCCUCAUUUGUUUAUGUUUCUCGAUUUUUCUCUUUAGCACGUUAAAUCCGCAAAGAAUUGGAUGAAGCUGCACAGGGAUUCAGAGGUCUUACGAUUAUUUCCCCUCUCCAAUCCCUCUGUGACAAUUCGUCGAACACCUUCCGACUGUUCGUGAACAUUAUUAACUUCAUCAUCAAUUUGAUCAUCCCCUGUAGGAGGCAAUUCCGGUCCGAUAAUCUGCAUGAGGUAUAUACUGGAUAACAAGUUUCACCUAACAACAUUUCUUGAAGAUGACACCAAAUCUAAUGGAUAUUCUUCAAAAGAAUUGCCAUGGCUUCUUGAUAUAGUUAAAGAUUUUGUUCUUCCUGUUGGCUUCCCUGGUUUGUUCCUUUUUCAUUUUCACCUCAUAUGGCAUGUCAAUCUAACUCAAGCCAGUACUUCUGAUUGGGCAGUUGGUUUAGACUAUUCUUCUGGAACCACAGCUGCAGCUUCUGCUGCUGCCAUCAGAUGGAUGUCAAAAGAUGGAAUUGGUGCCAUUGGACGUUUUUUCAUUGGUGAAAGAUUUGGAAAUCUUUUGAUGAUGAUCCAAAACAAUGGCGCAUGUACUUCAUUGGAAGUGCUGGAAGCAUCUUUGAUCUCACUACACCUCUCUAUCCUGCAUAUGUGUUUUAAUGUGAUAUGCAGCAUCUUUGAUCUCACUACGCCUCUCAAUCCUGCAUAUUUCCUCCCAAUAGCAUCUUUAGGGAAUCUUGCAAAGAUAUUCAUUUGA